AUCAAACUGCGCUGUUACUCUGGCAACGCUCGGUUGGGUUUUCCUCGGUGCUAGCUAACGUUAGCUGUAAGUUAGCUCUUACAGUUCUCAGAGUUGAUGCCAAAAAUAAGCUCGGACACGCUAUGGGAGCAGGCUGCCGCGGAGGUCCUCAGCCGGGAGGCUGAAGGCGGGGAGGAGGACGCAGGAGAGACGCUCAGCGAGAGGACCGUGUUCCUAAUGGGGAGCAAGUCUGGGGGUAAAACGUCCAUUCUCCUCAGGUGCCUCGACAGGGAUGAGCCAUCCAAGCCCACUCUGGCGCUGGAGUACACUUUUGGCAGACGGGCCAGAGGACACAACAUACCCAAAGACAUAGCCCACCUAUGGGAACUGGGAGGAGGGACCUCUUUGUCGGACCUGGUCCGAAUCCCCAUCACUGCCGCCAGCAUCAGGUCUCUCUCUGUCGUCCUCAUUCUGGACCUCUCCAAACCCAACGCCCUGUGGGCAACCAUGGAAAAGCUGCUGCAGGCAGCACAAAAGCAGCUGGAGAAAGUCUCUUCCCAGGCUCAACAAGCACAGAAAGCCAAACACCAGACGGCUGCUCAUUUGGCAGCACGUGUGUUACCUAAAGACUAUCCUGACAGAGAGCUGAUCAGUCCCUAUCCUGUUCCAUUGCUGAUUAUUGGCAGCAAAUAUGACAUCUUUCAGGAAUUAGACUCGGACAAGAGGAAAGUGGUUUGUAAAACGCUGCGUUUUGUUGCUCACUACUAUGCGGCUUCACUUAUUUUCACAAGCAUCAAGUCGGAGAGCUUAAUAUCAAAAACCAAGAGCUUCUUCUCCCACCUGGCUUUUGAUCUGGACAGAGGGAAAACUGUGUGCUGUGACUCCACUAAGCCUCUCGUCAUUCCAGCAGGCUCCGACUCCUUCAGCCAAAUCGGGUCGCCUCAUACUACUGAUGUGGACAUUACAUCUCUGCGUGCCAAAAACCCCAAGGACCUCUGGAAGAAGGUCUACGAACGCGUCUUUCCCCAAGAGAAUACCGGCGAGCAGAGAGAAUUAAAGGAUCCGGCCAGAGACCCACAAUACAGUGAGCCUCAGAUUGAUGCCAUGAGGGCCCAGAAAGACCAGGAGUUGGACCAGUACAAAAGGAAUGCAGCUAAGUCCUGGAAAGGACUGGAGCUGGAGACAUGAGACGACCAGCUGUAUGAUCACACACACACAUACAUAUGAAUGUAAAUACAGUAUGAAAUUUGCUUUAUUUAUUUUAUUUUGUGUAAUUAGUUUUUACUAUACUCAUGACGACAUUUUUACCACAUUACAAUAAACAUUAUUUUUACUUAUUGACACAUUACAAUCACAAUAUUAAAAAA